UCUGCAGACAGCAAACAGAUCUACUGGAGAGGGGGAGAGGAGAGGACGCAGCCUGCAGCACCAUGGACAAGGAGGGCGCUUCCCCAUGGGACAUGGGGCUGCUCAGGACCUUUGACUCCAGGGAGUUCUGUGGCUGGGAGAAGAUCGGAUCUGGAGGCUUUGGGCAGGUUUAUAAAGUCAAACAUAUCUCCUGGAAGACGUGGCUGGCCAUCAAGUGUCCUCCCAGCCUGCAUGUGGAUGAGAAGGAGCGUAUUGAGCUAGUUGAGGAAGCCAAAAAGAUGGAGAUGGCCAAGUUUCGUUGCAUCUUGCCUGUAUAUGGGAUCUGCAGUGAGCCCGUUGGCCUGGUCAUGGAGUACAUGGAGACCGGUUCUUUGGAGAAGCUGUUGGCCUCGGAGCGCUUGCCGUGGGACUUGCGUUUUAGGAUCAUCCAUGAGACUGCAGUGGGAAUGAACUUUCUCCAUUGCAUGAACCCACCACUGCUCCAUAUGGAUUUGAAGCCAGCCAAUAUUCUGCUUGAUGGACAUUAUCAUGUCAAGAUCUCGGAUUUUGGCCUUGCCAAGUGGAACGGCUUAUCCAAUUCCCAUGAGCUGAGUUUGGAUGGAAUUUGUGGGACCAUUGCCUACCUGCCACCGGAGCGCUUCAAGGAGAAGAACAGAAACUUUGACACCAAACACGACGUCUACAGUUUUGCCAUUGUGAUUUGGGGAAUCCUUACACAGCAGAAACCUUUUGCAGAUGAGAAGAAUAUUCUGCAUAUCAUGGUGAAGGUGGGAGGCGGCCUACGGCCAGACCUACAGCACAUACCAAGGGCGAGACCGCAGCAAUGUGACAACAUGAUCAAGCUGAUGCAGAGGUGCUGGAGAGAUAAGACCAGGGAACGGCCAACAUUUCAAGAAAUUACCUCGGAGACAGAGCUGCUGUGUACGAAGCAUGAGGACGAAGCCAGCUCCAUGUCGAGCACCGAGAACCUGGUGGAAGCCACCCAGAAUACAAAAUCUGAGGUGGCCUGCCAAUCAGAACCCAAGAAAAGUUCCACUCCCAUGUUUGAUAAAGACUACAGCCUCUCCGAGCUGCUGUCCCAACUGGAUUCUGGGAUCUCCCAGACCAUGGAGGGACCUGAGAGCCUCUGUCACAGUGAGUCUGACCCUCAGCUGGCGACGAGCGACAAGCGCCUAUCGGGAAUCUCUUCCAUUGACUCAGCUUUUUCCUCCAGAGGCUCUCUCUCCCUGUCCUUCGAAAGAGAAUGUUCUGUAACAGACCUCAGCACCACAGAGAUCCAGAAGAAGAAGCUGAUUGAUGCCAUCAUAUCUGGAGACAACGCAAAGCUAUUAAAGAUUCUGCAGCCACAGGACGUUGAACUGGUUUUGGAUGGAAGGUCAAGCCUCCUUCACUUGGCCGUUGAAAAUGGACAGGAGGAGUGUGUCAAGCUGCUACUUUUGUACAAUGCCAGCCCUAACAUGACCAACGCAAAGGGCUCCACUCCUCUCCACAUUGCCGCAGAGAAAAAGUUUAAAAGUAUUGUGGAGCUGCUUCUUUCAAAGAAGAUAAACCUCAAUGCUAAAGAUGAAGACCUGUUCACUGCUCUACACUUUGCAGCCCAGAACGGAGACGAGUCCAUAACUCGUCUUCUCCUGGAUAAGAACGCUUCACUCAGCGAGGUCGACGGCAAAGGCCGAACACCACUACACGUCGCCUGCCAACACGGCCAAGAAAGUAUCGUCCGCCUCUUUCUCCGGCGAGAUGCAGAUGUUGGCGUGAGAGGUCUGGAAAACUGGGUAUCCCUGCAUUACGCAUCCUGGCAGGGUCACCUAAACAUUGUGAAGCUUCUUGCAAAACAGUACAAGGCCAAUCUCAAUUCUCAGACUUCUGAUGGCAGAACCCCUUUGCACCUUGCUGCCCAAAGAGGUCAUUACCGAGUGGCUCGGAUCCUCGUUGAACUUGGCUGCAAUGUGAACCUUCCAAAUGCACAACUAAAAACCCCUCUGCACAUUGCAGCCGAGACUGGCCACACUAGCACAGCGAGGUUUCUUAUCCACCAUGGUGCCAACAUUAACGCUACUUCUAUAGAAGGCUACACCGCUCUUGAUCUAGCCAACCAUCACCGCCAUUAUUCGGCUGUUAAACUCAUCAUGGAUGAAAGAUCAAAUAUCAGAUAUGAGGAGCAAUCCAUUGCAUUUGUGGAAAACGUAUAGGGGUUAAUUUU